UUGAGAACCACUCAUAAAAAAAUCAAAAGGAAUCGCGUUUGGUGUAAUUUAGCCUUCGAUGGUUUCCGUAGGAAUGCGCAUCAGCUGACUGACUCGAGAAAAGUCAGAAAGCAGACAAUCACAAACAAAUUAUCGGUAUAUGUCCCAGUUAUUAAUUGCAGAUAACGCUAUCAUAACCAUGGAGUCGACUCUCGAGCAACAUCUGGAUGACACCAUGAAGAAUCCAGCCAUUGUCGGAGUUCUCUGCACGGACCAACAAGGACAUAUUCUAGGCUGUCGUGGCUCUCUGUCUGAUGAGCAUGGGGGAGUGGUAUCUGUACUGGCCAGACAGGCAGCCUCUCUCACCAGAGACCCUACAGACAGUCCCACAGUGUGCCUGGAGUCAGAUUCAGGGAAUAUUCUAGUGAGAUCACAUGGAGCCAUCACUGUAGCUGUUCAUAAGAUGGCGUCAUGAGGUCACCUAAUGAAGAUAGACGAGGCUGUUUUGUAAAUCUGUUUGUUCACUAAUGCUAAAUAAUCAUACCCAAUAUAAAGUCUGGAUCUGGGAGGUCACAUUGAAGUUGCAGAAGAUUUUUUUUUGUGUGUUUUCUUUUUACUGUUUGGCCAAGAGUCAUAUUUAAAAGUCAAGUACAUACAUACCAUUUGAGUUGUGUUUUGUGUAUGUUCAAUAGGGCCUGAUCUGUUUUUGGGGGUGACUUUCUUAUUCAAUAACUGGCUAAUACUUUUUUUUUGGACAUCUGAAAUCAGGUCUGAUUUUUCAAAUCCAUGUAGAAAUAUUGUAUAUGUUCAUAUUAAAAGCAAUGUCACAGUU